AUGAAGAGCUUCAGCAUUCUUGCCGCCCUGGCCGUCGUUGGCACCACCUUUGCCGCACCCACACCCGAUAUCGAUUCCGUGGACGAGGGCAUGGUCUUUGGGCGUGGCAUUAGCAACAACGACCCGAUUACUGUGCGUGACGAGGAAGCUGUCGAUGGUUCCGUCGUGGACGAGAUUGUCGACGAGGCCGUGGAUACGAUUGGAGCCGUACUUGACCUGGCAACCUCGGCUGACGAGCCCACUGAGGGCGGCGACUUCGGCGCAACCCCGAUCGACAAUGGCGCCCAGGCUCAGGGCAACCUGCCCGGCCUGGACGGGGUGCAGUCGCGCAACGCCCGUUGGAUUAUGGAAGAGGUCAAGAAGACGGGCACUGGCUGGCAGGGAUGCAUGGCGGCCAUCACCACCGCCAUCACAGAGUCGAGCGUGCGCAUCCUGGCCAACAAUGCCGUGCCGGCGUCGCUCAAGUACCCGCGCGACGGCUUCGGCGCUGACCACGACAGCGUCGGCCUCUACCAGCAGCGCGCUCAGUGGUACAAGGACAUUGCCUGCGACAUGCGCGCCGACUGCAGCACCCGCCAGUUCAUCGACCGCAUGAAGACGAUUGGCAACUGGCAGGGGAUGGACGUCGCGGCGUUGUGCCAGGCGGUGCAGAUUUCCGAGAAGCCCACGGCGUACCGCAACUGGACCAACCUCGCCAACCAGAUUUGCCGGGCCGGUUUCUAG